AUGGAGUUACAGACGUCACAUUUGGCCGCCGCGCUUAUGUCUGGCAGUAAUACAUUCGCUAAUACCAGCAGCGUCUCAAAAGAAACGCCUGCCAGCAAAACUGUAGAGGACAACAAAGUUGAAAAACCCAUAGAACGUUCUAAGGAAUCAUCGGAAGGUGAUAAGGAAGAUAUUGGAAGCGGCGAAGAGUUUAGUGAUGAGGAAUCUGAAACUCAAGCAGGUAGCAAAUCGGCGCCAGGCCGAGGGGUUACUUUGCAAAUGCUGUUAGAAGACAAAAUGCUGGAUCCUGGUACUGCUGCUAUGACCAUUGAAUACUUGGGCCAAAAGUUUGUAGGUGACUUACAACCAGAUGGGAAAAUCAAGUCCCACGAGACAGAAACAAUUUUCUGUUCCCCAUCUGCCUGGGCAAUACAUUGCAAGAGGAUCAUUAACCCAGACAAAAGGUCAGGGUGUGGAUGGGCCUCUGUCAAGUAUAAAGGAAAAAAGCUUGACACUAUUAAAGCUACUUAUUUGAGAAAGAAACAAUUACAGAGAGAGAACAUGCACACAGAUGAGGAAACAGAAAUGGAAGUAGAAAGUCCACCUGAACCCCCACCACAAAGAGUGGUCAUGAAACAUAACACUGUGCCAAAUAGAAUGAAUCAGCAUGAUGCUAACAUGCUGACAGAAGCCGUGUCAUUUUCGUCAGUGGGUAAAGUGCAGCCGUUUUUGGUGUCAGUAAGUUCUAAUGCCUGUCUCGUUCUGGAUAUACAUUGUCAUUUGAAGAAGGAAGAGGUGUAUGGCUAUCUCGCUGGAACCUGGGACUUGAACAAUCAUAAUCUAAUGAUAACUCAUACAUUCCCAUGUCUGGUAAGUAAAAACGACACCAGACCAAAAGUUUUGGUUGAAUUGGACAUUCAAAUGGAAAUUGAGAAGCUUGGCCUGACUCUACUUGGAUGGUACCAUUCCCAUCCAACAAAUCCUGCCAUGCCAAGCCUUCGGGAUUGUGACAAUCAACUGGAGUAUCAAAUUAAGUUGAGAGGUCCUUCAGAAAUAUCGUACAUUCCUUGUAUUGGAGUUAUUUGUUCACCAUACAACCCGGAGAGUCCAGUCCUGGAAUCAUCACUAACAUUCUUCUGGGUGAUGCCGCCUCCAGAGCAAAGACCGACCGAGUACCCCCGACCACUCCUCCUCCAAUAUAACAUGAUUAACGACACUCAUUUAUCAACACACGCAAUGGAACAGAUAAAGAAAAGCAUUAAGUAUUAUUUCAACUUUGCUGACGAUACUUUUGUUAAAUUCAAGGACAAUUUUAAGCCAGAUAUAACCUACUUAGAUAAAUUGAAAUGUACUUUGACUCCAAAAUUUCCCCGCGAACAGAGCGAUGGUUUAUUGUGGCACUUUAUACGCGAUGAGUUGGGUUGUUCAUCCGAACAUGAUGAUAAAAUGGAUUUGGACGCGCUAUUGGCUGUUCCUCAACCAAUUCCUGUGUCUAAACCAAGUCAAACUACAACUAUUCCCAGCUUUCCAUCUGUUAGCACGUUACAACAGAUGGUGAGUCGACCAGCUGGUAUUCCACCUUUAAACGUUUCUUCAGGGAUAGGGUCUGGUUCUCCCCACAAGUUUGAAACGCCCCCACUGAAUAUUCCUGUCUUAUCUACGUCAUCUAAAUCAUCGUCGAAGUCAUCGACGCCUUCAUUGUCGUCAGCAUAUCCUUCAGGUCUGGACAUGCUAACCAGCAUGGCUUUAGGUUUGGGAUCUACAAAUAUGUCAACCUUAGGUCUAGGAAGCAGCAGUUUAGAAAGCUUAGCUGCUGCAAAUAGUAUGUUAUCGGGCCUUACCCCUGGAAUGUCUCCUACACUGGCAGCAAGUUUAAGUGGCAGUAAGCUUCCCGACCCUCCUUCCUACGCCGCCUCAUUGCAAAACUUAACUAGUAGUUUGGGAAGCUACGAUAAAGGAACUACAAGUACAGCUACUAGUACAACCUCCACGGCGCCCAUUCCUGCUAGCAUCGCUUCAAACCUCAUGAUGAGCUCGGCAGACAUAGCAAAUGCUCUGUUUUCAGCCAGUAAAUAUUCAAGUGCAGGUAUAUUAGGCAUUCCAGAUCCCAUGUCAAAAUCGACAUUAGCAGCAAAUAAUAUGUUUUUAUCUCCGUCUUUGAUGAAGAUGCAGGAAUCUCUAAUGAAGCCCCUUUCAAGCAGCGGUUCAAUGUCUGCAAAAGUAGGAUUAGAUCGGAGCUCAUUAAUGAAAUCUCCGCACGACCUUCUGAAGACCAAUAAAGAUUAUUUACCACCAGAAUUUGGUAGUAUCGGGAAAUCAAAAUCCGACAUACCACUGGAUCCAAUGAGAUAUACGGAAGCCAGCUUGUCUUCCAAAAUGGACACGUCUAAAUCGGAUGUCAACGAUCCGCAGGUUCCGGAUUACACUAAAAGUUCACGCGUUGGGGGAGAUUCAUUCCUAAAUCAGAUGCUGGAGUUGACUAAAAAGACUACUAUGCCUGACUAUGCAGCUGAUUACAGUCAGCCGUUAAAGCUGUCGAAGUCUGAGGAAAUGGCGACUUCGUUGCCGCCAUCUAGUCAUAUAUACUCGAGUACUUCAAGUUAUGUGGACAGCAUGGCGCAAUUGGCUGCAGGCAACUACGCCAAGCAAGAUGAGCCUAUGGACUUUAGAAAGGAGCAAGAUUAUAGCACUAGUGAAAGUGCCAAUGACAAUGACAACUGAACGCGUGUAGGGUAUGUGAAAAGAUAUGUGUGGAAACGUAGAUAAUAUAUUUAAGCACUUACUCAUACCAAGACUCUUUAAUCGUUGUUUAUAUGUAUGGUUAUGAUCGUUAAAAAUACUUUGGUGUAUGCGUAAUCUCAACAUACAGGCCGUAUAUUUGAAAGUGAAACAUAUUCAUACAUG